CAAAUAAUCAAAUUUACUUUUAUUGACAUAGAAGAUGGGAUUCCACAGGCUCGCUGCUGAGCCUGCGCGUUUCUUCUGAUAUCUCUCACUCAAGGUGUCAAUGUUCAUGCGCCUAUUUGAAAUACUUACACCCUUCCAGUUUUCCUCUUUUAUUUCUCCUGUGAGUUGAAAUUGUCAGUCGCUAGUUCGGUUUUACAUCCUGAACACAUGCAUUCCUUAAGGGACCUCGCGCUUGGAGAUUUAACGAUAAUAUUGCGUGUUGGUUACACUUUCUGUUGAUGUUUUGAAGUCCAGUGAAGAUAUCUCACGAAUGAAACUAAUGGGGUUGCUGUAGUUCACAUCGUCAUUUACGUCUUCAGCACAACGAAAUCUGUGCUACGACGGGAGUGUUUGUGGUGACGGUGAGGAUGGAUAAAACAGAUGACUAUCUGCGGGUGAUAGGCUCAUUCGGUAAAUAUCAGCGAAUUGUGGUUAUUCUUAUCAUUCUUCCUGCUAUUCUUCCGUCCGCCUUCCAUUCCUUCAAUCAGAUGUUCCUUACUGCCGUCCCCGAAGAUUAUUGGUGCAAAAUCCAUCCGGAUAUCGAAGCUUAUAAUCUGUCCCAAACACAGAUUGCCCUGUUACUUCCUAAGGACAAUGAUUCCCGGGACAAUAAGUCCCACAGUAAAUGUGAAAUGUGGGACAUUGAUUACGCUGCUGUGAUAAAUUUCUCGUCUUUUGUCAGCGUCCUGGAGAAUUUUGACAGUAUUAGUGAUAAAACGAAAACCCGUUGCCGAUACGGUUACCAGUACAGUUCUGAAACAUAUACGAAUACUAUCGCCACCGAUUGGGAUUUGGUGUGUGAUAAAGGCUUUUACCCCACACUGGCCAUGGUGCUGCUGUCGGUGGGAGAAGUGGUGGGAACUCCGAUUUUCGGCUAUCUGUCCGACCAGAUCGGGCGGAAACCGUCGUAUUUGAUCUGCUUCUUCGUGCAGUUGGUAUUUGGUGUGGCGACGGCAUUUGCUCCGGAUUUUAUUACCUUUUGCAUUUUUCGCGUGGUGGUCGGCGGAACGUACGGCGCCAUUUACAGUCUUCCCUUUAUUCUGGGACUGGAGAUUGUCGGGCCCGAUCACCGGGCGACGGUCUCGGUGUUGACGUCUGUCACGUACAGCAUCGGGAAUAUGUUGUUGGCGGGGAUUGCCUAUCUGGUGCGCGACUGGAAGCAUCUUGCCUUAUUGACGUCCGCUCCCCUCGUGAUUAUUGGCAUUUCUUGGUGCUUUGUGCCGGAGAGUCCGCGAUGGCUGUUGGCCAAAGGCCGUGUAGACGAAGCCAAAGAUUUCUUCCGUCGCGCCUCAAAGCUCAACGGUGUGGAGCUGGAACCGCAUUUCCUGGACGAUUUGACCGGUGCCAGUAAGAAGCCACUGAAACUCAGAACGGCUGACACCGGGAAACGGCACACGUUUAUUGAUCUCUUUCGAACGCCCAAUUUACGCAAAAAUACCCUACUGUUGACAUUCGUGAACUUCGGCAAUUUGGCAGUCUACACGGGUUUAAGCUAUUAUGCGCCGACUUUAUCGCCCAUUCCACAUCUGAGUUUCUUCCUUUUGGGAUUAGUGGAAUUACCCGGUUAUCUUUUUGUGCAGUUUACGGCCGACAGAUACGGAAGACGAUUGCCGCAGAUCAGCUGCAUGAUUAUUGGCGGGAUCGCUUGUAUCCUUGCCGUGGCGGUGCCGGAUAGUGCCUACCACAUGUACAUCGCAUUCUGUUUGACGGGGAAAUUGCUCAUAAAUAUUUCAUACCUGAUUGCUGAACUGAUGGAAGGCGAGCUGAUCCCAACUGUGAUCCGCAGCGAAGGAAGUGCAUUUACUGAGAUUGUGGCCUCGGCUUUGACCACGUGCGUCCCCAUUAUCGUUUAUCUUGGCUACAAUUAUCUCGCGCUGCCUUUGAUCAUUUUCGGUGUGUUGGCUUGCGUUGCCGGGAUCUGUGCCUUCUUUCUUCCGGAAACGUUCGAUGCGGAUCUUCCUGAAACGAUUUUGGAUGGUGAGAACCUUGGGAAGAAUUACACCUUUCGGCAGCGUUUCAACCUGUUUCCUCAGAAGCGUAAACGGUUACCUGAACACCAUGGCGCUGUGAAUUCACUUAAUGCGGUGUACAAUAAAGCCGGUGGGAGAAAAGGUCGUGAUAGCCAAGACUUGAAGUGUCCAGUCGAAAACGAAGCGUUAACUGCCAGUUGUUGCUCAACGCAUACGUAAUUGGAGAGGAUUUGACUUCGACUUCGGUCGAUGCCUGCUCUCGGAAUUUGUGAUAUAGGUGCCCGAUCGGCAAUAAGAUUUGGUGUUUUUAUUUAACAUUCUGGUCCCCUUUUCUUGAGAUCUGUUAGUUGUUCCUUUGUACAUAAGUAUACGAAAUUUUCCUUUUGUUGUAACCAUUCGAUUUCUUAAAAAUUUUCAUGCACAAGAUGAUUUUCUAGUUACAUGCCAUCUGUCAAUCAGUAAUUUCAGGUUGACAUUUGGUAUAAACAAUUGUGAAGACAGAAUAGUGUUGGUUGUUGGACUGGUUGAGUUUCCUUUCUUGAACCAAGCUUCCAGUGCAGUCUUUUCGUAAGAAAUUCCGUCUAAAGAAAAAGUCGAAUGUUUUAAAAUUAAAAA